AUGUUUGGCAUAGUUCUACGAAAUGCUAUUGAACGUGUUAUUAAACUUGAACAAACUGAAAUUCGUGAUCUUUUCACAACAACUAUUAAACAGCUCAAUUCAACUGGAGGCUUUGACAAUCGAACACAUAAACUCAUAACCAAUUUUCUACAAUCGUCUGACAAAUUUGCUAUUUUUGAAAAGGCCAAACACCAAUUGAAUGCUAAUGUUCGUCAAUUGCUUGGUCCAGUUAUUGAACGUGAAAACCAAUUUAAGAAUGAUAUUGAUCAUUUAACUAACAAUCAUCAAGUGAUUGAAGAUUAUCGUCGAAUUUUCGAUGCUUUUAAUAUUACCUUUGGUACGGCUUCAACACAGCGAGCUGAUUUACAAAGAAUCAGUGAACAGCAAUCGAAUUCAGGCGGCAGAUUGUUGAAAAGAACAAUGAACAAUUUUAUUAGUGAAGUAAGCAAGCAAGAACAUGGAAUAAAAAAGAAUAAAUGCGAACGACAAAUGGAUGAAAAUGAUAUCAAACUUGCCGAUAAAUUUACUGAAGCAUUCGUCUAUGUACAGAAACAAUAA